UUCUGCCGCUAGUUCGUGUUACUGUAAAAUCCUUGUUCGUGAAAUCAAUUAUCGCACACUCGAAAACUGAAAAAUCACACUCAGUGUUAGAGAAAAAUAUGGGGAAGAAAUCGAAAACUUCAAGGAAGGGUAAGAAAGCAUGGAGAGCUAACAUAAGCACCGAAGAAAUCGAAGAUUUCUUUGAGAAAUCAACAAAGGACGCUCUUUCCGGUGGUUCUCUUCAAGCAGUUUCCAGUGAUUCCCUCUUUUUCGAAGACAAAUCCAAAGAUCUUGCUGUAAAGAAGAAGAUUGAAAAGCACAGAGAAAAAGUCCUUCGGGUUGACAGCGUGCUACAGAAAAACCAGUUUGUUGUACCAGUUCCAUCUUCUACUCUGAAGAAGAGCUCGAAAAACCGAAAAGCUGCGCCUAAAGGUUUAGUCACCAAUCAAGAUAGUCAUAAGGAUGGGUCCGUGGUAGAUUCUGACGUGUUUGAUAUGUGGGGUGAUAAAGAUGAGGACAACAAGAAGGUGAAAAAGAAGUCAAAGCCGGCUCAUAUUGCAGCAGUAGAGGUUGAUCCUCCAGGAUGCUCUUUUAAUCCUACGCAUGAAAGUCAUCAGGAUACAUUGGCUACUGCUGUUGCCGAAGAAAUGAUUAAAGUCUACAAAAACGAAUUGGGCCCUGAACCGGUACCUUUAACUGUUCCUGGAGAAGCUAUUUCUGAAGAAGAUAUGUAUUUUCUUGAUGUGGAUGAUGGGAACGAUGAUGAGAGUGAUCAUGAAAAUGAGGGUGAAAACGGCGAUGCUGCGUCAGAGAAUAAGCCUAUCAAAAAAAAGAAAGUGACUAGAGUUGUGUUGAAUAAGAGAGCUCGACACAGAGCACAAUUGAGAAAAGAAGCGGAGGCAAAGAGGUUGAAGAAUUUCUCAAAAGAAAUUGAUAGCAUCCCAAAAAUCUUUGCUGAAAUUAAGAAUGAAGAUGAGGAAAAAAAGAGAAAACUUCUGAGGCGACAAACUGCUAAACAAGAGAAGUUGAAAGUAUGUCCACCUCGCAUAGGAAAGCACAGGUUUCAACCUGCUCCUACUCAAGUUUUAUUAAGUGAAGAGAUAACUGGAUCCAUCCGUAAGCUCAAGGGUUGUUGCACCCUUAUAAAGGACCGGUAUAAAAGCCUGGAAAAGAGAGGGUUGAUUGUUCCCAAACCCAGGAGGAACAGGUAGAGUCCUCUUCGUUGUUGGCUUCCAUAACUUAAGUCGGCCCGCAUUCAGCAGGGCUUGCUGCUUUGUGGCUAGAAGACAUGGAUAACAGGCUAAAACAGUUUUUUUAACUGAAACUUUUGUCUAUGGCAUGGUUGUUGUUCCUGUCUCAAUUUUGUAAGAAUUUUCAGUUGCAAGAAAAUCAAUAUCUAAUGUAUUUUGUAUUUGAUAUCUCGCUUACCAUUUUACUGGAAAACAAUAUAUUUAUGAAGA